AUGACGAACAAACGUUCCCGCAGCGAGUCCAGCACGCACGGUUCUACACCUCGCAAGCGCCCCGAGCGCCGCUCAGAGAAUCCCGCCUCGCCUGAAGUGCCGGGAAGCAUCUUGUCCGCAUCGGACGAGUCGAUCGACGAGUCAGAGAGACUCUGGCCCGUCGAGAAACUCCGGAAUCACCGUGGCAAGCGGAACAAGUAUCAGUAUCUGGUCCAGUGGGCCCCGAACCCCGACACCGCGGAGACCUAUGACCCGACCUGGGAGCCGGAAGAAAACAUUGCAGAUGACUUGAUCCAGCCCUACUGGGCGGAAAAGAAGGCAAAGAAGCAGCAAAUCAAAGAGAGGAAGAAGAGCAGAAAGAGUCAAAAGCAAGCAGAGAGGGAGAGGAAAUCGGAGAACAACACGCCCUCCAGACGUUCGGAGCAAGAAAAAGAUGCCAAUGAACAGCCCGACAAUCCGUCACCAGGACAGGCAGCAACCCACCCGCAGGACUGUAGCAAAGCCAAGGUCGAUCUCAUCUUAUCCUCGAGGACUGGGUUUUGGGACGAGGCUGAUGACUCCUCAGACCACUGGUUUCCGCCGACACCAACCCCGGCGGGAAGAGUCCACGUCUCAGCCGACGUCCAAGCCAGCCCUGAGUGGGAGGCUCUGGUGGAAUUCGAGCCCGACUCUCUUCUAGAGUGA